GUGGAGGGGGUGAGUUUCUCUCUACACUUCGGGGCGGGGAGGGAAUUCGACAGUGAGUUUCUGUUCUUCUCUGAAUCUGAUCUGAUUGGAUUUAGAUAUUUUGUGGAUAGAAAUUCGAGGAUGCCAGUGGAAGCGGCGACCAGAGUUUCCGACGGUGUCUUGCCGUCCACCGGUGAUUUGAAAUCUCAAAACCCUAACGGCGCCGCCAAGAAAUCGCGGGAGGGGCGCAGGAGGCGGAGGAAGCAGAAAAAGAGCAAGCAGAACGCGGCUGCUGGAGAUGAUAGCGACACUGCUGCGGAGGACGCCGACGGCGUUGCCAACCACAGUUCUAAAGAGAACUCCGAUCCUCAAAAGGCUUUAGAACUUGUGGAGGUUGAGUAUGUACCAGAGAAGGCAGAACUAGAUGGAGUUUUGGAUGAGGAAUUCAGAAAGGUUUUUGAGAAAUUCAGCUUUAUGGAAAAUGCUAUUUCUGAGGAGGUUGAUAAAAAGGAUGACCCGGCUGCUGAUGCAGCAAAAAAGGCUGACUCUGAUUCAGAUGAGGAGGAACAGGAUAGCCAGCAGAAAGAGAAAGGUGUCUCCAAUAAAAAGAAGAAGCUUCAACGUAGAAUGAAGAUUGCUGAACUGAAACAGAUUUGCACUCGGCCUGAUGUUGUCGAGGUGUGGGAUGCCACUGCAUCGGAUCCAAAGCUGUUGGUGUACCUAAAGUCGUAUCGAAAUACUGUUGCAGUACCUCGACACUGGUGCCAGAAGAGAAAGUUUUUGCAGGGAAAGAGGGGAAUUGAGAAGCAGCCAUUUCAACUUCCUGAUUUUAUUGCUGCCACUGGGAUAGAGAAGAUUAGACAAGCAUACAUUGAGAAGGAGGACAGUAAAAAGUUGAAGCAAAAGCAACGUGAGAAGAUGCAGCCUAAAAUGGGAAAGAUGGACAUUGAUUAUCAGGUACUCCAUGAUGCCUUCUUCAAGCAUCAGACAAAACCCAAGUUGACAUCGCAUGGUGAUUUAUAUUAUGAGGGAAAGGAAUUUGAGGUAAAACUGCGAGAAAUGAAACCGGGUUCAUUGUCGCAUGAAUUGAAAGAGGCUCUUGGCAUGCCUGACGGUGCCCCUCCUCCCUGGCUUAUAAAUAUGCAGAGAUAUGGUCCUCCGCCUUCUUAUCCUCAUCUGAAGAUUCCAGGGCUCAAUGCCCCAAUUCCACCUGGAGCUAAAUUUGGCUAUGGACAUGGAGAUUGGGGCAAACCACCAGUCGAUGAAUAUGGGCGCCCCCUCUAUGGAGAUGUUUUUGGGGUUCUGCAACAAGAGCAACCAAAUUAUGAGGAGGAACCAGUUGAUAAGACAAAACACUGGGGUGACUUGGAGGAAGAGGAAGAAGAGGAGGAGGAAGAAGAAGUCGAAGAGGAUGAAGAGAUGGAGGAAGAGGAAUUAGAAGAUGGCAUUCAAUCUGUUGACAGUCUCUCAAGCACUCCAACUGGGGUUGAGACUCCUGAUGUCAUUGAUCUUCGUAAACAACAGAGGAAAGAACCCGACAGGCCUCUCUAUCAAGUACUUGAAGAGAAAGAAGAGAAGAUUGCACCCGGCACUUUGCUUGCCCCAAGCCAUACGUAUGUUAUCAACACUGGUGCACAGGACAAAACUGGGGCUAAAAGGGUUGAUUUACUGAGAGGCCAGAAAUCCGACAAAGUUGAUGUAACAUUAGCACCGGAAGAGCUGGACGAGAUGGAGAAUGUUCUGCCCGCCAAGUACGAGGAAGCCAGAGAAGAAGAGAAGUUACGGAACCAGCGCGAGGACUUCAGCGACAUGGUUGCUGAGAACGAGAACAAGAGGAAACGAAAGAUGCAGGAAAAGGAGAACAAAGCAAAGAAGAGAGACUUCAAGUUUUAGGUAUUUUUUACUUGUUUGCUGCCUAAGAGGUUUUAGUGUUCUAUUCGACUGCUGGUGCUCUACUUUUUUCUUAUUACUGGAAAAAAAAAUUGUCAUGUAAUUUUACUGUAUUGACUUGAUACUGUAGCUGUGUGCUUUUUCUUUGACAGAUUUUAAUUUCUACUCGACUCUACCUA